CCGCACCAAAUCACAAAGUGUUGUUUUCCUUUUCCUUCCUCGUUUCUCAUCCUCAUCCUUCUCUUCGUCUUCUCCACAAACCCUCACACCAGACCAGACCUAACACAAGCCCUUCACGUGGGCCUCUCUCUGAUUUGUGUUAGAUUUUGUUGAUGGCGUCGAAGAGGAUCUUGAAGGAACUCAAGGAUUUGCAGAAGGACCCUCCUACAUCAUGUAGCGCUGGUCCAGUUGCCGAAGACAUGUUUCAUUGGCAAGCUACCAUAAUGGGUCCUCCAGACAGUCCUUAUGCUGGGGGUGUUUUCCUUGUCACCAUUCAUUUUCCUCCGGAUUAUCCUUUUAAGCCUCCUAAGGUGGCAUUCAGAACAAAGGUCUUUCACCCAAAUAUCAACAGCAAUGGUAGUAUUUGCCUUGACAUCUUGAAAGAGCAGUGGAGUCCUGCCCUAACUAUUUCCAAGGUCUUGCUUUCAAUCUGUUCCCUGUUGACGGACCCAAAUCCAGAUGACCCGCUUGUGCCCGAGAUCGCUCACAUGUACAAGACUGACAGGAACAAAUACGAGACGACUGCUAGGAGCUGGACGCAGAAGUAUGCCAUGGGCUAAGCGAUGGUGACUUAAUAAUAAUACAUUUAGGCCUGUCGUCCUCAUUUUUAUGCUCACCUGCUUGUUCUAUAUAUGAAUCUUUAUUUGUCAGUCUGUUGCAACCAUCCUAAGCUUCUCUGCUUGAGCAAAGAAAGGUCGUUAACAUUUUCCUUUCAUUCCAAUUGGAAAGUAUUUUCUUAUUUGGUUGUGUAUUAAUAUAAUUUAAUAUAUAUUUAUAUUUAUAUAUAUAUAUAUAUAGGGCACUGAAAUGUAUGUUCAGUU